AUGGCGGAAGAAGAUAUAGUUAUCACCGGCUUCUCCGCCUACUUUCCGCAAGCGGACCACCUUGUCGAGUUCAAGGAGAAGCUGUACGCAGGCUUCGACAUGGUCACGGAGGACGACUCGCGCUGGCCUCCCGGGCACCUAGGCUUGCCUGGAAGGCACGGCAAGAUCCGCGACUUGUCCCGUUUCGACGCGCAGUUCUUCCAGGCUCACGCGAAGCAGGCGCACGUGAUGGAUCCCCAGCUGCGGCUACUGCUGGAGACAUCGUACGAGGCCAUCGUGGAUGCCGGAUAUGACCCCGAAACCCUGCGUGGUCGAAAUAUUGGCGUCUUCGUCGGCGCCUCGAACUCCGAGUCGUCCGACGCGUUCAAGAUGGACCAGAAAAAAAUAGACGGCUAUGCUAUGCUCGGAGGAUGCCGGGCCAUGUUCUCCAACCGCGUCUCGUACUCGCUCGACUUCCACGGCCCGAGUCUCACGGUCGACACGGCCUGCUCGUCGACGAUGACGGCUUUGCACGAGGCCGUGCUGGCUCUACGCUCCGGCCGCUGCGAGGCGGCCAUAGUGGGAGGAAGCAACGUCACGCUGGAUCCCACGGCUUCAGUGCACUUUCUCCGCCUUGGCACGCUGUCGGAGGAAGGGAAGUGCAAGGCUUUCGACGCGGGCGGCAACGGCUUCGCUCGCAGCGAGGCCGUGGGCGCCUUCUUUGUGCAACGGUCGUCCGAGGCUCGACGCGUUUACGCCAAGGUCGUCAACGUCAGGGCUAACGCGGACGGCUACAAACCGGAAGGUAUCUCCUUUCCCUCCACCGAGCUGCACGAGAAGCUUCUGCACGAUGUGUACGCCGAGGUCAAGAUUGACCCGAGAAAUGUCGUCUACGUCGAAGCGCACGGCACGGCAACCAAGGUCGGCGACCCCCAGGAGCUGCGCGCCCUCAGCGCCGCCUUGUGCCAGCCCGGGCGGGAGAAGCCGCUCAAAGUUGGGUCCGUCAAGAGCAACAUGGGUCACGCAGAGAGCGCCGCCGGAAUCCCUUCGGUGGCCAAAGUGAUACUGGCCAUGGAGACUGGCACCAUCGCGGCCAACCUGCACUUCGAGGAGCCGAACCCCGACAUCCCGUCGUUGCACGACGGCAGCAUCGAGGUCGUGGACAAACCGGCGCCCUUUCCCGGCGGCCACGUCGGCAUCAACUCGCUCGGAAUCGGCGGCGCAAACGUACACACCAUCCUAGAGUCCAACCCGAGUCCGCACGCGGACAGCAUUCCGCGGCAGCAGCCGGAACUGCCGAGGCUGGUACUUAUGGCUGGGAGGAACGAGGACGCCCUUUUGCGCACGCUGGAAAGGAUGGUGGCCGAAGGACCGUACCCGGACUCCGCGUACGCCCUCCUGAACCGCGUCGGACAGCCCAGGGCGAGACAGUUCCCGUACCGAGGCUACGCCGUGGUUCCCGUCGAAGAGUCCGCCGUCCCCGAGGUCGUCAAGGUGGUCGACCGCGUGCCGCUCGAGAGGCGGCCCCUGUGGUUCGUCUUCACCGGCAUGGGCUGCCAGUGGAACGGCAUGGCGCGGCAGAUGAUGCACUUCGACCCCUUCGCCCGCUCCAUCCGCGCGUCGCACGAGAUGCUGCUCGGGGAAGUCGGCGUCGAUCUGAUCGACCUGGUGACGAGCGACGAUCCCCGGGAUCCGACCAUGGUCUCGCCUUUCGUCGCCAUUGUGGCGAUACAGGUGGCGCUAGUGGACACGCUUCGAGCCAUGGGGCUGCAGCCAGACGGCAUCUUGGGCCACUCGGUCGGCGAGAUUGUUUGCGCUUACGCCGACGGGGGCCUGACAGCCAAGCAGGCAGUCCUUUGCUCUUACUGGCGUGGGCGCUGCACUGAACUGGGGAACCUGCCUAAGGGUUCUAUGGCGGCCGUGGGGCUGACAUGGGAAGAGGCGGCGAGGCGUUGUCCGCCGGACGUGUACCCCGCGUGUCACAACGCCGAGGACUCGGUGACCGUGUCGGGCCCCGCCGAAGCCGUCGCUAAGAUGGUCGCCGAACUCAAGGCCGAGAACGUGUUUGCCCGCGAAGUGAACAGCCUGGACGUUGCCUUCCACAGCCCGCACGUCGAGAGCAUCGGCGCGGCGAUCCACAUGGCUCUACUGAAGGUUGUUCCCGAGCCCAAGCCCCGCAGCGAGCGCUGGAUCAGCUCGUCGGUGCCGGAGAGCCGUUGGAAGGAACCGAGCUCGCAGCAGUGUUCGGCCGAGUACCACACCAAAAACUUCCUCGGCCCCGUGUUGUUUCGGGAGGCACUGAUGCACGUUCCGGAGGACGCCAUCUUGGUCGAGAUUGGACCCCAUUGCCUGCUGCAGGCGAUCCUGCGGCGCGCAGUGGGUCCUCGUGCCAGCUGCGUGGGCCUGAUGAAGCGCCACGCUGACAACCUCGCCUCCUUCCUGGGAUCGUUGGGGAGACUGCACACCUUGGGAGUCCAGAUGGACCUGUCUCCUCUAUACCCGCCUGUUCCGUGGCCCGUGCCCUGUGGAACGCCCAACAUCGCUCACCUGGUCAGCUGGGACCACACGCAGAGUUGGACGGUGGCCGGAUGGAAGGACUUUCCCACGGCGGCGCAGGCGCUCGAAGAGAUUGUCGAAGUCGACUUGGAGGCCAACGGUGCUGACCAGUAUCUGACCGGCCACCGGCCGGACGGACGGGUGUUGUACCCGGGGACAGGUUACUUGGUGCUCGCAUGGAGGUCACUGGCCAGGCGCUGCGGCAAGCCCUUGAACCAGGUUCCUGUUGUAUUCGAAGACAUCGCCCUCUGUCGAGCCACCAUCCUGCCAAAGACGGGGUUCGUGCGUUUCCAAGUGACCAUGAUGCCCGUGUCCGGCGAAUUCGAAGUAUGCGAGGCUGGAACGGUGGUUGCGAAAGGCCGCAUCCGUAAGGCCGAAGAAGGGGAGAGACUGCUCCACAGUGAUCCGCCAGGGGUGCCCUCCGAGAGCGUCGCGUACGACCUGGACACUGCGGACGUGUACAAAGAACUCAGGCUCCGAGGCUACGAGUACUACGGUGGCUUCCAGGGCAUCCUGAAAGCCGACAUGCAGAAGCCGUACGGGAAACUCAGGUGGGAGGACAACUGGGUGACCUUCCUCGACUCUAUGCUCCAGCUGAGCAUACUCGGUGAGCCGCAGAGAAGCUUCAUGCUGCCGGUCCGGAUACAGUCGUGUACCAUUGAACCCGGGGUUCACGCUAGGGUCGUCGACCGUGUCGGAGAAUCCGGGGUGGACGCAGUCUACUGCCCGUACCGCAACACUUUCCGCGCCGGCGGCGUCGAAAUACGAGGCCUGGACGCCACAUUGGCCAAGCGGCGGCCUGUGCAGCAGACGCCUGUCCUCGAGGAGUACCUGUUCGUGCCGUACGAGGACGACGAAGCCGCGAGGCUCGAACGGGAGCGGGCCCUGCGAGAAUACGUCGAAGUGUGCUGCGGCGUCGCUCGACGCGUGUUGGAGUCCUGCGGCGAGAACAAGGCUAGCAUUCACGACAUCAUGAACGGCUACCGCGCCAUCUCGGAGAAGGCGCUUGCGAAGUGCACCGAGAACGUUGCCGAGAACCAGGGCUUGCUGCAGGUUCUCGUCACUAUACUGAAGCAGUGCAGCAACUGCGGUUCGCUGACUUCCACGGUCCAAUCAGCGUUGCUCGCUUCCAAGGGACUUCUGGAGAAGGACAUGCUCAGCACGAGCCUCCUGGCAGAGGAUCCCUUACGAUACCUGCUUGACGUCGUGCUUGAGAAUACGAGCUUCAAGAAAAUUAGGGUUCUUGAGCUGGCGACUGAAGGAAACGUUUCUCUCCUGGCGCCCUGGGUGUGUUCCCUACUGUCCCGCUGCAACGUACUCCUCAAGACCGACUACACUUUGGCGCACCCUAAUCCAGACUGUCUCGCCCAGGACCAAGUUCCGGAAGGAGUUAAAAAGCUCCCAUGGGACCCUUCCUCUGCCACUGAAGGAGCAUUGCCCGAGGCCGAUUUGGUGACCGCAGCCUGUGGUCUUACAGCGACUUCUGAUGACCUGGACACCUUGGCCCAUACACUGUUCUCUCGGUGCAAGGAACACGGAUUUGUUCUUGUUUCGCACCGUUCGGCACUGAACGCGGCUGAAGUGUUCCUCUCAACAAUGGGCGGUGUUCCGUUUGCGGUUCACUCCGAAAGCGCGGUGACUUCGGCGCUGGAAGCUCGUGGCUUGCGGUUGGUGGGGCUCAAGUCGAACAAAUUGCAGACGUUGCUCUUGUUCAGGAAAAGUACCUCCGCCGUUGAUGUAGCUAAGCAAGAGGUGGUCAGGGUUAGCAACGUGGGUUUCGGCUGGGUAGAGACACUCAAGGAAACGGCCAUCGAGUACGACAGUAAGCCGUCCGGAGAAAACGUCUGGCUGCUCGCCGAAGACGUAGGUGUAAGCGGCAUUGUGGGUCUGACCAACUGUCUGCGACAGGAGACCGGAGGUCGCCACAUCAGAUGUGUAUUCGACGCGAGCCAGAAGGGGCCGAGCCGGGUAUCCGACUUCUGCCCCAGCAUCGAAGCGUACAAGCAGCUUCUGGAGAGGGAUCUGGUCAUGAAUGUGUACCGCGACGGACAGUGGGGAUCGUACAGACAUCGGUCCGUUCAGUGGCGCGGAGCGGUGAAGAAGGAGACGCCGUUCGCCUUCCUCAGCCUGCGGACUCCCGGUGACCUGUCGAGCCUGCAGUGGUACGAGUCGCCGCUGUGCUACGCGCCUCCUACCGGCGAACCUGACUCAAGCCGUAUAGUCUGUGACGUGUACUAUGCUCCUCUCAACUUCCACGACAUCAUGCUCGCCACCGGGAAAGUUCAAGUGACGCGGUUUCGCGGAACUUCGGCCAGCCAGGACAGCUUCCUAGGCCUCGAGUUCUCGGGCCGCGACCCCAAGGGACGUCGCGUCAUGGGGUUAGUACCCAGGAACGCCUUGGCGACGGCGGUCGCCGCCGACCCGGACCUGCUGUGGGAGGUUCCCGAUUCGUGGACGCUGGAAGACGCCGCCACGGUUCCCGCCGUCUACUCGACCGUCUACUACGCGCUUCUAAUGCGCGGCCACAUGCGGGCCGGCGAGUCCAUCCUGGUCCACUCGGGCAGCGGAGGCGUCGGCCAGGCAGCCAUCUGCAUCGCCCUCUCCAUGGGGUGUACCGUCUUCACGACCGUCGGGAAUCAGCAGAAGCGUGAAUACCUGAAGCGUCGCUUCCCGCAGCUGGAAGACCGGCACUUCGCCAACUCGCACGACGUGUCCUUCGAGGAACACAUCCGGGUGGAGACCAAAGGACGGGGCGUGGACAUUGUCCUCAACUCGUUGGCCGAAGAAAAGCUCCAGGCCAGCGUCCGGUGCUUGGCACACCACGGACGCUUCCUGGAGAUCGGCAAGUUCGACCUCUACAAGAAUUCUCCGCUGGGCAUGUCGGUGUUCCUCAAGAACACCACUUUCCACGGCAUCAUGGUGAACGACCUAAUGGGCGACGAUCCGUGCGUGCUGGAAGACAAGCACCACGUCGUCGAGCUAGUUCGCCAGGGCAUCGCUUCGGGCGUAGUGCGACCGUUGGACGCCAUCCGCUUCACGAGGGACCAGGUCGAGGAGGCGUUCCGGUUUAUGGCCUCGGGCAAGCACAUGGGCAAAGUGGUGAUCCAAAUCCGGCCCGAAGAAAACGAGCCGGUCUUGACUCGAGCGUCGCCCCUCAUGCUGGAGGCCGUGACGCGGCCCUGUUUCUACGAGCACAAGUCGUACGUGAUCGCCGGAGGCCUCGGAGGCAUGGGUCUCGAACUCGCCGACUGGAUGGUGAGUCGCGGAUGCCGCAAGUUGCUCCUGACGUCCAGGACCGGGGUGCGAACCGGGUACCAGCGGCUCUGCCUCCAGCGGUGGCGUCGGGUCGGCGCCAGCGUACACGUCAGCACCGCCGACGUCUCGACGGAGGAAGGAGCGCGCCAGGUCGUCCGGGAAGCCGCCGCCGUGGGACCGGUGGGCGGAAUUUUCAACUUGGCCAUGGUGCUUCGGGACGCCCUCAUCGAGAAUCAGUCGGCGGAGACCUACGAGGCGGCGUGCAAGCCCAAGGUUCUCGGCACACGGCGUCUGGACGAGGCGUCGCGCGAGCUGUGCCCCGAACUCGACCACUUCGUCGUCUUCUCGUCCGUCUCUUGCGGCCGCGGCAACGCCGGCCAAACGAAUUACGGCUACGCCAACUCCGUGAUGGAGCGUGUGUGCGAACAUCGCGUCGCAGACGGACUGCCCGGACUUGCCAUCCAGUGGGGCGCUGUAGGUGACGUGGGCGUCGUCCACGAUAUCAUGGACGCUGCCGCGGUAGCCGGUGCAUUCGCGGCACAAAGGAUCGCAUCCUGCAUGGCGCUGAUGGACUCCUUUCUGAGCCAAAAGCACCCAGUUGUCUCGAGUUUUGUCAAGGAUGACUCGUCGCCAUCCGUGGGCGACAAGGACAAGCCAGACCUCGUACGGUCCGCGGCUCACGUACUCGGCAUCAAGGACCCGUCGAGUCUGAACCCGAACGUCAGUCUUGGCGAGUUGGGCGUCGACUCCCUCAUGAGCGUCGAGCUGAGGCAGCUUUUGGAGCGAGACUACGACCUGACGCUGUCCAUGCAAGAGGUCCGGCAGCUCACCAUCGCCCGGCUGCGCGAGAUCAGUGACGGCAGCGGUGAAAGCGCGACCGCCGCGCAAGAAAGCGCCGUCGCUGCAGAACCAGAUGACGCGCCAAACGUCGCCCGGUUGAAGUUCACCGAGAAGCUGAUACCCGAUUGCGCGAUGGUCGAGAUGAACGACCUCGAGGGGCCAACGCCGCUGUUCAUCAUGCACCCCAUCGAGGGUCAUGUGGGCUCGCUGUCCGAGCUGGCCGCGCUACUGCGCAUGCGUGUCGUGGGGGUGCAGUGGACGCCCGACGUCACCACGCACAGCAUCGAGAAGAUGGCUGCCGUCUACGUUCAGAGGCUACGUGAAGUACAGGUGGAAGGGCCGUACCACCUGGCUGGCUACUCGUUCGGCGCCAUGGUGGCCUUCGAAGUGGCCGUGCAGCUUCAGGCCUCCGGUCAGUCCGUGGGCAGCCUGACUUUCCUGGACGGAGCGCCCCGUUUUCUGGACAUGUACUCUGCCCAGCGAAGGUCGCACUCCUCGGCCAGCAGAGAUGAGCAAGAGACGGACGUUUUCGUUGCAUUUCUCGUCCAGUACCUUAACGUCGACGUUCCUCGGGUGAGGAGCCGGCUGAGCGAGCAUUCGAGCUACGAGACGAAGCAGGAAGCAGCCAUCGACAUCUUUCUCGAAGCCCGCCCCGACGCGCGACCCAGCCGCGAGGCCGUGGCCGCUGCCAUGCGCCUCUUCUACGAGUUUCUCCGGGCGGGCAGCGCGUACCGGCCGCAAAGAAAGUACCGCGGCAACGUACUUCUCGUCAAGCCGCGCCAGCUGCUCAAGACAACACCGCACCUGCCGCACGACUACGGCAUCCAGGAGUGCUGUGAAGGCAAUAUCGAGGUCGUUCUUGUGGAUGGCGUUCACGAAGACUUCGUACUAGGACAGGGCGCUCGGCAAUGCGCAGCAAUUAUCAACCGCCAGCUGCAGCUCUAUAACGAGGAGCAAUGAUGAAAUCGUAUCAGCGAAGAAAAAAUAAGUUACCUGACGCUUCCACGGAGUCACCCUCAUUUCGUAAAAAGUAAUUAAAGAAAAGCAGCAUAG